AUGGGCGGCUGCAGGUUCCCACUCCGUCUACCACGGUUCCUUCAGGAGUCGUGUCGAACGCUGUUGGAGGACACGGUGCAUGGGUUGCUAGCGAUUUGUAUCAAUGGUCGGGAAAACGCGAGGCGCCUGCUAGGGGCUCAGUACGUGUUGGUAAGCGCGGGUGAUCAGCGUCAACGAGACGAAGGUACGCUAUUUGAGGUGGCGGCAGCGCGACUGACGCGCUUGCUCCGAGGCUGUGUUCAGAGACGCGUACGCUAUACGAUGAUGCUUUUCAGACAGGACAUCGGAAGCCAGAGCAGCAAGAGCGCACCGAUUGUCAUUGUCACCAACAAAACCGAUCUGACCACCGACGAAAACUGUGACGAACAUGAGAACCUCAUCUCGGAAGCGCGCCAGUUCGCCGAUGCACACAUGUGCCGCUACACGCAGUGCACGGCCAAGGACUAUAACAGUGUCGAGAACGUGUUCAUGACCGUGCUGCGCGAGUUCUCGCCGCUGGUCGUGUCCUGCAGUCGCCUGAAGAAACGACGACAGUCGAUGCCGGCCACCACCGCCAGUCAGAACCAGGAGGCACUCAGGCGAAGGCAGGUCGGCGGCAGCGUGCCGGCCACGCCGGUCAUCAAACAAUCGCAGCAGCGUUGUACAGUUUCUUGA